UCCUUGUCCACCCCCGGGAGGUCAGAGUCUUCGCCCCGCACUCCCGGGACGGCCCGAGCCGGGCCUCGUCUGCGCACCUGAGCUGUCGGAGAUCCAGCACCUGCCGGAGUCAGUCCACCCGCAGCUCCGCCCUUUCAGGUGAUGGUGCUCGGCCACUGCGGCCCCUGGCGCGCAGGUGUGGGCUCCCCAAACUGGGCCGGGGAGGGGGAUUUGGGCAACGCGCUGGCAGCCUUAGCAGCCGCCAAAACCAAACCCUGCACCUCCUCGAAGACUCCGAAGUCCGCGCCCUCCGCCACUAGGGUCUUCUGGAAACCGUUGCCCGACCGAAUUUGCUCUGAGAGGGGUCCAGGGAAAUCUGUGGACCUGGAUGAAGGAGCCCUGAGCUUUAAGCUGAGCAGGCAAAAAUGGGCCCCUGCUAGGGGCUCUGCGGCUCGCGCGGGGGGCCUGCGGGCGCCGUAUCCCGGGAUGCCUCCGGCCGCACCCGACUGGCCCCAGCCCCGGCCCUGCCACUUCCCGCCCUGGGCAUCAUGAGUUACUUCCUGUCUUACUGCAAAGCUCAUGGCGGCGCACUGCUCACCGGCUACCAGGCCCUGCGCGCCGAGGGCUUCUUGUGCGACGUGACGCUGGAAGCCGAGGGCAGCGAGUUCCCAGCGCACAGGUCGCUCCUUGCGUGUUCCAGCGACUACUUCAGGGCCCUGUUCAAGAGCCACACCCGGGAAUCCCGGGCGCGCGUGAUCCACCUGCACGUGCCGUCGGCGGCUGGCCUACAGCGCCUGCUGGACUUCAUCUAUACCGCCUGGCUGCCGCUCUCCAUGGACACCGUGGAGGACACGUUGGAGGCCGCCAGCUACCUGCAGGUCACCGAGGCCUUGGGCCUCUGCGGUCGCUACCUGGAGCGCCAGUUGGCCCCAGAGAACUGCUGCUUCGCCGCCAAUGUGGCGGCGCGCUUCGGCCUGGCGCACACGCUGGGCGAGGCCGAGCGCUGCAUUGUACGCCACCUGCGGGAGCUGCUGGCGCGGGGCGCGGGCCCCGCCGGGCUGCUGGAGCUCAACCCCUCGUCGCUGAGGGCCGUGCUGGGUGCCCCCGACGUGGCGCGGGUGCCGGAGGCCCGACUGCUGGGCCUGGCGCUAGCCUGGCUGCGGCAGGAACCCGAGGCCGAACGCCUGGCCUACUGUGCCCCGCUGCUCGAGCGCGUCCGCUUCGGCCUGGUGCCGACCGACGUGCUGCGGCGCGUGUACUCGGGCUCUGGCCUUACGCUGCCCGCCCGGGUCAAGGGCCUCAUCAUCCAGGCCCUCAACUACCACACGGCGCCCUCCCGCCAGCCCCUCAUGCAGGGCGAGCAGACCAGCGUCCGAAGCCCUCAAACCCGCAUCGUGUUGGUCGGGGGACGCAGAGGGCGGGAGGCGGUGACCGAGGAGGUCGUGGUCCCUCGGGCGGCAGCCAGGGGCAGGGGCGUCGCGGUGGAGCCCCAGGAGGAGGAGGAGGAGGAGGAGGAGGAAGAGGAACCUCAGGAGGAGGAGGAGGAGUGGGAGCUCACCCAGGACGUGGUGGCCUUUGACGUGUACAACCACCGCUGGCGCAGCCUCACGCGGCUGCCCACUCCGCUGCUGGGGCACAGCGUGUGCACCGCGGGCAACUUCCUGUUCGUCCUGGGCGGGGAGAGCCUGUCGGGCGGUGCCUCCUCCCCCGCCACUGACAGCCCGUUGGCGGUCACGGCCCGAGUGCACCGUUACGACCCGCGCUUCCACGCUUGGACCACGGUGCCCCCUAUGCGGGAAGCGCGGGCCCAUUUCUGGUGCGGCGCCGUGGGCGAGGGGCUCCUGGCCGUUGGAGGCCUGGGCGCUGACGGUGAAGCGCUGGCUUCGGUGGAGAUGUAUGACCUGCGCCGGGACCGCUGGACGGCGGUUGGGACACUGCCGCGGGCGCUGCACGGCCACGCGGGGGCCGUCGGGGACCGCGGCGUCGUGUACAUCUCCGGGGGCAAGGCGGGGAGAAGAGAGGGGGGCGCGAGCAGCCUCCGGGACGUGUUCGCCCUGGGCCCUGGGGAGCAGGCGUGGAGCAAGAAGGCGCCCAUGGGCACGGCCCGCUUCGGGCACCACAUGGCCGCACUGCGCGGCGCGGUGUUCGCCUUUCUGGGGCGCUUCGAGCCCUUCUCCGAGAUCGAGCGCUACGACCCCGGCACCGAUCAGUGGACGCGGCUGCGGCCGCUACCCUAUGACCGCUUCUGCUAUGGGCUGGCUGUGGUGGAGGAGACGGCGCUGCUGCUGGGCGGGCUUAAGUGGCGGGACUCACGCCAGGUGCCCACCCGUAACGUGGUGGGCUACGACCUGGACCUGGACCGCUGGGAGGACAUUGGCUGCGCGCUCCCCUGGGCCUGGAGCGGCCUGCAGUGCGCAGUGCUGCAGCUGCCCGAGGGUGGGGACGAGGAGAGGGAGGGAGGGUCUGGAGAGGCGCCAGAUUUAGCGCUGGGCUUAAUGGGUUAGUGCAGCCUCCGGGCCACGCAGGAGCAAGUCGCGCCUGAGCCGGCUUCCAGAGCAGCACGUGGGCUUUUCCUAAGAAUGGGACUCAGGUAGCAGAGUGGCUUCUGAAGGUUAAGAACACAAACAAGGGCCUGGCCUACGAGGAACAUUUCCCCUUCAGCUGAGAAUUUCUAGAAAUUCUCAUGCUGGGCUAGAGAUGGACUUUCGAAAAUAAAAAUGACCCUCUUUUCCGUCUUAGUGUUUCCUAGACUUUAGACAGUGAUUACUUUUGUGCCAAAAAAAAGUACCGUAAGAAGUUACAUAAAAGACCCAGAAAACUGUUAGCUAUAAAGACUAAUAGUUUUAGAAGACUGCAUUACCUGGAUAAAUAGUGAAGGGAAAGUGCCUUGAGUAAACAUCAAUCAUUGUAGGGAGAACUGUGAUUUUAUGAUCCAGAAUCGUGGUUAUAGUUCUGCUCUGAUGGUUUGAUAUGAAUAUGGAACUUAGAGGGGAAAAAUCUCUAGGAAAGCACAUCCCUCUGUAUUAUGAUUAUUGAGAAAAUAACUUGAGUUUUUCUGUACUUCAUCCUUACUUAGCCUAGUCUGUUUUUGCCCUGGCUUUUGUCAGCUCAUUGGUUUUAAGUUUUAUUUCCACAGCUCUUGGCCACAGUAUUCAGGCUUCUCUAGUUUAGUGGGAGAUCUAACAAAAAACACCCCCCUCCAUUUCCUUCAUCCCCUUUAAAUAUUCAUUCUGCAGACAUGCUGUAGGUAAUAUUUGUAUAACAUUUUUUAAAAAUUUAUUUUUGAUAGAACCCCUCCCACCCUCUGCCCCACCUUCCCAAAAGAAUCAGAGAAAGGAAAAAGGGGUAGGUAAAAAUUUUAAGUUCAUGUCAGUUAAAUGGGAAAGCAUCUUGAUUUUGGAGGAUCUCAGAGAAGAUUCUUCUAUACACUGGACAGGUGCUUCUUCUGGCUUGUAUUACCAACAGGAGUGACAAAGUUAGAAAUUGUAACUGGGGGUACGGGGAUGGCGGCUGUGCGAUCAGGUCACAAAGAAAUGUGGUGAGGACUGCAUGAAUAAAAUAGGUGCUUUAUAAGGAUUCAUUAAGAGCUGAAUUUAUUUGACUUCAGUUUACAGUGCUGCCUCUCUCCUAGAUUUGAAACUAAUGCAAUAAAAUGUACAGAUAUAUAGUG